UCCCCUCCCUCUCUCUCUCUCUUCUCUAUUGUUAUUGUGGCGUGCGCGAGAAAGGGAACGGACAGGAUGCACGAGGAGACAGUGAGGCUGACAAACGGAUAAAACAACGUCAGGACCAACGUCUGUGUAACGGUUGAAGAAAAAAACAAAAAAAAACAACAAAACACACGGUUAGCUCGCCACGUUAGCGGGGAUUUAUUAUUAUUUUUUAACCGUAAAACACAACAGAGACAAAUACAAAAGAGGCAUAAACACAAAUAGCAGCUCUGGACGACACACACAUACAACACGUAGAGCUAUCCGAGUACAGCGACACUUGAGAGGGGCAAUUGUCGGAUAGCUCAACGGUCUUUUCUGUCCAAGUUCUCCUCGCCGAUGUGGACUGAUUCAGAGCUGGGCCAUCAUGAUGCCAGUGAACUUUCUGGUCACUCAUUGGCUGACCAACUAAAUACCAGCAGCAUCAUGUCGGUGAACCCUCCGAGCAGCAAUGACGCCUGCCUCAGCAUCGUCCACAGCCUCAUGUGCCACCGGCAGGGCGGAGAGAACGAGGGCUUCGCCAAGCGGGCCAUCGAGAGCCUGGUGAAGAAGCUGAAGGAGAAGAAGGACGAGCUGGACUCGCUCAUCACUGCCAUCACCACCAACGGUGUUCAUCCCAGCAAAUGUGUCACCAUCCAGAGGACGCUGGACGGACGACUGCAGGUUGCGGGCAGGAAAGGGUUUCCUCACGUGAUUUAUGCACGGCUGUGGCGUUGGCCUGACCUCCACAAAAAUGAACUCAAGCACGUCAAGUUCUGCCAGUACGCCUUCGACCUGAAGUACGACAACGUGUGUGUCAACCCCUACCACUACGAGAGGGUGGUGUCACCAGGAAUCGAUUUUUCUUCGUCUUCUUUUACAGUUGGUCUCAGCCUUCAAAACACAGCAGCACCAGGCGGGCUGAUCAAAGAGGAGUACAUCCAUGACUGUAUACAGAUGGACCUCCCACCUGGCAUGCCUCUGUCUGACCACCAAGCGGCCCUGAAGCUGCCUCCUCCAGACCACUACGGCCAGCCUUUGCCUCCUCCCCAGCUGUCCUCCGAGCCCCAUGGACCCCCACCUGUCACCAGAUACACUAACCUGCCUGUAUCACCCAAAGUGUCCGGCUCUGGCGGCAUGCUGCCACUGCAGGGCGGUCACGGCGACGGCCGUCUCCAAACUGCGUCUCCACAGGCUCAAGUCAUGACCCCGGCGCCGCGACCUCCGACCCCGACUCAGCCCCCUCCUCAGCAGCAGGCUGGCCAGCAAUCCUCACAGCCACCCCACCCACAGCAAACCUCCCUACCUCCUUCUCACCCGCACGGACAGAACGGAUACAGCAGCAAUAAACACUCUCAGAGUCAGGCUGCCUUCCACACAGUUUGGACCGGCAGCAGCACAGCCUCCUACACUCCCAUAGGACCCCAGCAGAACGGGCGUGGUCACCAACAACCUCCUCUCCAUCACCCAAACCACCACUGGUCUCAGCAUCAUGGCUCGACCUCCUUCCCUCCUUCUGUGUCCAAUCAUCCAGGACCAGAGUUUUGGUGCUCUAUCUCCUAUUUUGAAAUGGAUGUUCAGGUGGGUGAGAUGUUCAAGGUGCCCUCCAGCUGCCCUAUAGUGACCGUGGACGGUUACGUCGACCCGUCAGGAGGCGAUCGCUUCUGCCUCGGUCAGCUGAGCAACGUCCACCGCACAGAUGCCAGCGAGAGAGCCAGGUUACACAUAGGUAAAGGCGUGCAGCUGGAGUGCCGCGGUGAGGGCGACGUGUGGAUGCGCUGUAUGAGCGACCACGCUGUGUUUGUACAGAGCUACUACCUCGACAGGGAGGCAGGACGAGCACCAGGUGACGCUGUGCACAAGAUCUACCCCGGAGCCUACAUCAAGGUGUUCGACCUGCGGCAGUGCCACAGACAGAUGCAGCAGCAGGCAGCGACGGCUCAGGCUGCAGCUGCCGCGCAGGCGGCCGCCGUGGCGGGAAACAUUCCCGGUCCGGGCAGCGUCGGAGGCAUCGCACCUGCAGUUAGUCUGUCUGCAGCGGCGGGGAUCGGCGUGGAUGACCUGAGGCGACUGUGCAUCCUGCGGCUCAGCUUCGUGAAGGGUUGGGGUCCCGACUACCCCCGGCAGAGCAUCAAACACACGCCCUGCUGGGUGGAGGUUCACCUGCACCGCGCUCUGCAGCUUCUGGAUGAGGUGUUGCACACUAUGCCUUUGGCAGACCCAGGCCCUGCUAACUGAGGACCAAGACCAUGUUUUAAAAAAAAAAAUUCCAAUCUAUGAAUGUGCACACACACACACACAGACACACGUUUGGAUAUUUUUUUUGCUUCAGGCCAAAUAUUUUAAUUGAUACACAAAAACAAAUCAAUCAAAAAAAAUGACCAGAAACAGAUUAUGCUCGUAACAAUCAAUGCACACACACACACACACACACACACACACACAUGCACACACACUGUAACCAAAAGGUCUGUAUUCGCGCAGACAUAAAAGUGCUCAUGUCUUUGGGAUUUUUCUAUUGCUUUACAAUCGAAACACAAACACAAAGGGAUCUCUGAAGGUUUGUGUUCUGACCAAUUUGUCUCUGUCCUAAAGACAUUUGUAUGCACUGUAGAAAUCCAGGGACGUGUUUCAGAAAUCCAGUUCCUCAAUAUGCAAUUUGGAUUUCUUCUAAUUGUAGGAGCGUUCUGCACAUUCAUUCAUGGGAUACACACAGACAUGUAAAAAAUCAUGCAUGAUACAGCUGCAGAGGCAGCUGAAAAAAAAAACGAGUUAUCCGGGGGGAGUUUAAAGCGCUCCAGACAGAUAACUGCAUACCUCUGGAACACGCCGCCACGAGCGGCGUCACAGUUCUCUUUACGUCUUAUCAACGGCAGAACUGAUGUAGAAGUAUGGAUUAAGGAAACCAGUGUUACGUCAUCUCUGUGCUUGUACUGUGCUCUUCACUGUAUGUUGAUUCUGGAAAAAAAAAAAAAACUCAAACUGUUAGCAGCGAUAGCUGGUUUUAGCUCCUCUUACUUACGCUCAAGCUCAAGCUAUAUUAUUUUUGUACCAAAAGACUAAAAAGCCAAAAACAUUUAGCUUUAAAAAAGUAGUGUUGUUGUUCUUUGUAAUGAAACAGUGCUACCCUGUAUGUAACCAAAUGGUUGGUGUAAAUCACCAAAGCCAGAAUACCUCAUAACUACAGUGCAGUCACAGUUUAGUUUUACACACACACACACACACACACUCUCUCUCUUCACCAUCUGUGAGAGGUACCAACAGAAAGCGCUCACGAUGAAGCCCUACAACACUCUGUUCAGUGAGCUUUGUAUUUAUUUAGGUAGACUGUACCAUGCUGUAAUGUGUACUGGCAGUCGACUGAAAUGUGUUACUGUGGAACAUUAGUGCAGAAAAAAAACUUCUAAUGGUUAAAGCAACAUUAUGUAACACACCACAGCCUUUUAUCUCACGAAGCUCUCGCCACAGACUCUUCUCCGGCGGUCUCUUGCUCGGUCACUCUGCUUCCUCUGUCAAUGUCCUCUUGGGUUUCUUAUCCCGAGUUACAUUGCCCGGUUCUUCUCUGAGUCAGCAAAUCCCGAUUGGUUCUCCUCGCUCCAGGCCUGAAAAAACCUCCUCCUUCCAACAGUAAAUACCAACAGUCCCCCUGUGCUUUGAGCACCCAGUCCGGGCAUCAUAGACUGAACUAACUAUCUGGCAAUAAGUGAAGCUUACCGCCAUCAGUUGUUUCUGAGCAUCAGAGGAAAUACCAGAAAACAUCCAGCUUCACUAAAAUCAGUGAAACAGUCGGCGGUGUGUGACCUAAAAUAUUACGUACUUCUCACAGGAGUUGUACCCAGAGUUAUAUAGAGUGAAAACAGCCAUACAAAGUAUGAAUAACAAGAGGCACAGUUCACCUGAUUACACAUUAGUGCAGCUGUUAUUUGAAAAGUUACAUAAUGUUGCUUUAAUAUAAAACAACCAUCAGCUGCUCCAGUGACAGACCAAACAUCAGGCUCCGACCUGCACAUAGCACCAGUGCCUUUCUGAGCUCUGGCCUCAUCUCUUACAGUUUAUUUGAACUCUGGCUUGUUGUUUCCAGUAACUCUGGGUCCAGUCUGUGUGUGGACAGAAGGACCUGUCCCCCUCUUAACUCCCUCUGUGAUGAAUUGACAAUGCAGCCGAUCACAUGGCACAGCUCACGCCAUUAGGCUGUGUUUAUGUCGCAUGACUUUUUGAUCAUAGGAGGAUCGUCAUCUUCACAAAGUGUCUUAUUUAAUCAUUAGGGGUGUGAAAGUGCAAAGCUGCUGGGAGACACUUUUAGAUUAGAUUAGAUUGAAGUAUUUUAGGAUACAAACAACUCGUUUUCUUCGAGGCAUCAUUAGAACAUGAAGCUCUGCUAAUUAUCAAAACAUAUAAUAAUAAUCAUAAUAAAUAACCACCAAUAGCUAAGUUAUAAUGGAUACAUUCCUUUUAGUUUUAGCAGCGUUUCGUCGUGUAAUUCCUCGACGUUUCAGGAGGUUCCUCAGCUUUAAAUGAACUCAUGCACAGCUGCAGGAGAAACGUCCUUCCGUGGCCUCACCUCAUGGCCAAUCGCAUGCAGUGCUUAUUUCAAAAUAUGAACGGACUGUAAUUCAAGAUAACUUCAUUCAAGGUUACGUUAGCUGCGUGAGAAUGUGCUGGAUUGUUGAGACCCAAACAUCUCGCUGACGUCACUGUUCGUGCCACUUUGGCAGCCAAAUGUGUUCAAGAUGAGCUUCACUUCUAGUUUGUUUGAUUAGUCAAUACAUUUCAAACGUAAAUAAUUGUUUCAUUGUUACUACUCGCGUUAAAGAAUAGUAAAGAACAGGUGUAGAAGUCUUUGAGCUGCCACUACAAGAAUUGAGACUCGCUGUAAUUGUGACCAUGGAGCAGUGACUCCAAGAAAGGUCUGUGGAGGGUCAUCCAGGUCAUCUUUCUUCAAGAAGGUUUCAAUCAGGGGCAAAGUGGAUCCCUUCCAAAGUUGUCUUUCAGUUAGAAGUAACCUCCGCAAUGCAGUGAUGGAGGAGUACGUUCUAGUAGACUAAUGUAGGCUUGUGUCCAGGACAGAAACCUUACAUGCAGUGAAAAUACCCACUGGAUUUGUCUAAUUCAGACUAUGAAUUAUUAGAUUAUCUUCAGCUGAAUGUCUUUUUGUACAGAUGGAGGACUUGUCCCUUAUUUUAGUAUUUCCAACCUUGGGAGGCAGCUGAAAACGCAGGAUCACAAAAUAACGCGAGAAUCCGUCUUGCCGGGCUUCAAGUUCUGCGCUUGUGUCCAAACCUCCAAACCACGAGUGGUUCAGACCACUCAUCCUCCUUAUGAGGAACUACUGGCAGCUACAGCACGAGCUACUGGCGUGUUUUAACAGGUUAGCGUAGAUGCUGCUAGCCUCAGUUAGACCAGAACUUUGAUUGAAAGAAGAGCAAAGAACGACGCUGACUCUUGGAAAGUAAGAGUAGCAAGAGUUUGUUGAUCUGAUUGGUAGACGGAUCAUCAUCGAAUCGCUUAUUUGAAAGUGCCUAUAUCUUUUACAAACAGUUUUCAACGACAACAAAUCACUUCUUAGCCGGUAUGGAGACACAGAGUGAUUACAAAGGCCUGUAGCUAAAAUUUCAUGAGAAAACAUGAAGGUAUCCUUUAAAGCCAAAGCCCCGCACACACUGCACGCACCAGAUGGAUGUUUACGAUCCUUUAGUUCACCACUUUGAAGGAAGAUACACCCCAGAGUUCAAAUAAACAGCUCCUUACUUAGAAACCAUGUAGGCUGGAGUGUGGCAAACACCAGACGUGACUAACUAAAAAGGGUACAAUAUAUAAUCAGCGUCAGAAGGUACAAUCUUUGGACAAGUGAAACUGUGCUAUACUGGGAACAUUGUUUUGUUGAUCGAGCAUCCAAAUGUGAAUAAAUGUACCAACGAGUUCAUGUGUGGAGCCAGGACCGAGAGGUGUAGUUUGACUGCUUUACAGAGAUCACCCAUCAACAUAUGCAUAAUUUGUGAUUUGUGCCUUUCGUUGUCAACAGUAGAUGCACCAACACUGGAUUGUAAAGACAGACACGAGCUUGUCUUUCUACACAUGAAGACUCAUGUUGCACAUUGUGUGUUUUGUUUUUUUUGUUUUUUUCUCAGCUGGUAUUCUGUGGCUCCCUCAGGUAUCUGUGUAGCCCACUGAAGAUAUCACCACGUGUCAAACUGCUUUAUAGAGAUAGAAGAACUAUUAACGAAGUGCUCAUCAUAUCUGAGUAGUAUUAUUUAUUGCCUUAGUCUUUUGUGAGUGUUAAAAAAGAAAAAAAAUAUAUGAAUGAGUACGCUUGGCACUAUUUUAAUCUUAGCAUGGACAACACAAAUAGAUGUCAUAUUUAUCUGCUCUCCUCUGCCCAGAUUCAGGGAAGUACAAGUGUUUAUGUAGGCUUUCUCAGACAAUGAGCAAACAUCAUCAUCACCAUCAUCAUCGCCGCCGCCAUCAUCGCCAUCAUCAGAGGAUUAUCCCGAUCUCUCUACAAUCAAAUCACGUCACCUCCAUGAAGUGCUUUUGCCGUUAACGCCACUAUUUGUGCAUCACUGUAGACAACUAGCUCCGUCACGUCGCCACUUGUUUUUUUUCCAGCGUGCAGUUUGAAUCGAUGACGUCGGGGACCAUCCAGUUUGUUUGUUAGCAGGACAGCUUGUCAGGGUUUAUCUUCCUGCUGUCACACAAAGAGGGUUUUUGUUCCAUGGGUCUGUAAUUUUUCUACUAAUUUCCAGGAAAGUCUCAUUUUAUUUGGCACUAAUUCAAGGGAAAGUAGACAAGAUAAACAUCAGUGAUUAUUGGGCGAUGUAGACGAAGGUCACAUAAUUGCAAAUUGAAUGAAAGGCUGGAUUACAUAAGCAGUUAAUCGCAGUUAAUUCGUUUGAAGUGUACAAACUGAGAGAACCAAAUUUAUAUUAUUCUUACCAGAAAAAAUGUCCUGGAAAUUAUUGUUGAAUAUGUUUAAAUAAAGCGUCUGCGUCUUUUUUCCAGACCCGAGUUCAGAGCGUUCGAUGCAGCUGUCAAACUCAAAACAGCGUUCUCAGGUCCACCUCAAAUCUGAAGUCCACACGCAUACACAACUCUUCCACACACCGGUUGACGAACAUGAUUGGUUAGUGUCGCAUCUGUGGUUAGAUGAUAGUAUGAAUAGACCAUGUAUCAGUAUAAAAACACGUUGUAAUAAAAACACUUCAGUGAAAUCA